ACAACACGAGGACGUGAAUUACUUCCGGGGUCACAGGACUGCAAACAGCCGCGUUCACAGACAGACACAUUUACAAUCUUUCAUUUAAGAAUUAAAGAUGAUAAUUCCGCGUUCACGUAUUGAAUGUGAAUUUUAGUCAGAUGUUUGAUUGAUAAAUUGUCUGAAGAGUCUCUCGGCUGAUAAAAACCGCGGAGGCCCGCUGAGAUCUGCGUUCUGAGCUUCACAUCAGUGAUCAUGGCUGAUGAUCCUCAGAGAAACUUCCGCUCGGCGUAUUAUGAGAAAGUGGGUUUCAGAGGAGUGGAGGAGAAGAAAUCGCUUGAGAUCCUGAUGAAGGACAAUCCACUGGAUGUGGAGAAGUUGAGCACCUUCAGUCAGAGGUUUCCUCUGCCCUCCAUGUACCGGAUACACGUGUGGAAAGUCCUGCUGGGUAUCCUGCCGCCCCACAGUGAUUCUCACGCUCUGGUGUCUCGCUAUCGUCUCGAGCAGUUCGAGGACGUCAGCGGCGCUCUGACAGCCAUGCGCUUCAUCCACGCAUUCACCCCGACGACGGAGCUCUACCUGCGCAUGUACCAGCUGGAGAGCAGACAGCUUCCCCGCAGGAGCGAGCUCAGGCCGCCGGAUGACGAGGAUGAAAACUUCCUAGCUAUCGGCAGAGCGAUGGAGGAGAUCGUUGACGACCCGGUCGACUGCUAUUGGCUCAUCAGAUGUUUCAUCAACCAGUUCAAGCUCAAGUUUGGAGACUCCAUCCCUCACCUGCCGAAGAGUUUGGAGCACUUCCUGUCUCAGGAGGACGCCGCUCUUCUGGCUCAUCUGAAGACGUCUGGAGCUCUGCACUCGCUGCCGUACUGUCUCUGGUUCAGACGCUGCUUUGCUGGCUGUUUACCAGAGUCCAGCCUACAGAGGGUUUGGGAUAAAGUCAUCAGUGGCUCCUGUAAGAUCCUGGUGUUUGUUGCCGUGGAGAUUUUGCUCAGCUAUAAGAUCAUGCUGAUGGGAAUGAGUGACCCGGAUGGAGUUUACAACUUCCUGUCUAACAUGCCGCAGGAGAACACAGACGCCAUCGUCACUAAAGCCAUCGAUCUGUGGCACAAACACUGCGGGACACCCAUGCACUCUUUAUAAUUCAUCAUUUCUGAGUUUGACAUGUGACGGAGACUCAAAGCGCUCGGACGUGGA